AUGGCCGCACCCUUUUCGCUUGCACACCACUUGUUCUUCAAUUGUCUGAGGAAAUCCACAGCUCGUCGCAGCUCCACAAAGCCAGUAUUUGCGCCAUUUGCACGCGUUGAGGCUGUCACAGCCACAGAAGGUAUGAGCAUAGAGCAGGCCUACAAUGAGGACAAAAGUCCGGAUAAGGUGAAUCUGGCGAAUGAGGUCUAUCGCAAUGGAGAGGGAAAGCCACACAUUUUCCAGGCAGUACGCAAGGCCGAGAUCACACUGGCCUGCGAUGAUUUUCUUUCGCGCGAUCCUCUGCCGCCGUGGGGCAAUCCGGAGUUUAUUCGGGCGGCUACGAAACUAAUUCUCGGCACUGCACCACCUGCGAUUGCACAAAAUCGCGUACUUGGCGUGCAGACACGCACGGGAAUUGAUGCCUUGUGUCUAGCCGCUCAGUUUUUACGCCAGAAAAUGAACUUCGACACGUGUGUGCUGGCACGUCCCAGCUGGGAGCUGUACGAGCCCAUAUUCAAGAGCAUUGGCUUCACAUGCCACAGCUAUCAGUAUUACAAUGCAGCCAAGGGGGAACUCAAUAUCUAUGGACUAGUGGCGGAUCUAAUGACUGCGCCGGAGGGCGCUGUUGUUGUAUUGGAUGCCUGCGCCCAUAAUCCCACCGGCAUUCAACCGAGCAUUGACGAGUGGAAGCUGAUUGGUCAUAUUAUAAAGUGCCGGAAAAUGAUUCCUCUAUUCAUGCUGGAUAUGCAGGGACUAGCCAGUGGCGAUCCUAUCAAGGACGCCUGGCCAGUUCGGUACUUCGUCGACUGUGGCUUCGAUCUGUUUUGUGCCCAAUCGUUUGUCAAAAACUUCGGACUCUAUAACGAGGCUGUCAGCAAUUUGAUGAUCGUGCUCAGCAAUCCGGUGCACGUGUAUACGGUCAAAGGUCAAAUAGAAUCUAUGCUAUGCGAGAGUCACGAAGAAAGCUCCACUGCUUUUACUGGCUUCUGA